AUGUCCUCAUACCAAGCUGGUUCAGUUGAAACCCGUCCGUACGUCGACCCGACACCUUUACCGGAUGACAUUCCCAAAGUACAAGAGCUUGGAGUGUCCAGUGGGCCGCUGAAAAGCGCGGCAUUUUUCAUUGGGGCUUAUUGUAAAGAAUAUAAUGAGGACUUUAUGCUUUGCAAAGCUGAAAGCCGGGAUCCUGGUCAUUGCUUGAAGGAAGGAAGGAGAGUAACACGGUGUGCAACGAAUUUGAUCACCAAGAUGCGCGAGAACUGCUUGUCACAAUUUCAAGAGCACUGGAACUGUUUGGAACGGAAUAAUCAGGAAUACUACCUCUGUCGGAAGCCAGAACGCUCAUUAAAUGCCUGCAUGUUCGAGAAAUUAGGCUUAACAAAAGUCAUCCCGGGAACUCCUCAAGGCCAGAAACCGAUACAUGAAGUCGAGAACCCAAUAUUCAAGGCCAUUCAGAAAUGA